UAAGAAAGAAUUAAAGAAAAAAGAAAAAAAAGUUGUUACCAUUAACAAACAAAAAUGGUGAAAUGCCCUGCUUUGAUGAUAUACCUCUCUUCUUUUAUUCUUUUUGUCCUUCAAACACUCCAUGGUGUUAACUCCGUAAAGUGUUUCGGAAGCUCAUACAACCGUAACGGCAGCUACCCUAAGAAUCGCCAGAAACUCUUCUCUGAUCUUGCUGAUAAAGUCGUUGCUAACCGCGGAUUCUACAACGCUUCAUUCGGCCAAUACCCCGACAGAGUUUAUGCUCUUGCCAUGUGCGCAAGAGGCUACGAGCAAGAAGCUUGUUUGAAGUGUGUCCAAACAUUGACUCAAGAUACAAUAUCAGAAUGCCAAAGCCGCAAGGAUUCGUUCAUGUGGGGUGGCGAGCAAGAUGUUUCUUGUCUUGUUCGUUCAUCAAGCCACUCAACUUUUAGGAGCCUCAAGCUUAGUCCUCCUUUUGUAUCGCCAAGUCAAGAUAUCAUCGAGCCAUCUAAAACGAUGACACUAUUUGUACCACAGUGGGAAGCAAUGGUUAAUCGGACCCUCAGGGCUGCCACGAAGGCUAAAACUUCCUCGAUACUUAAGUACUAUAGUGCCGGAAAAGCCGGGUUCACGAAUUUUCAAGAUGUUUACAUGCUGAUGCAGUGCACACCCGACAUAACUUCUGAAGAUUGCAAUACAUGUUUGGAAGGUUGCGUGAUAUAUUUUAGAACACAGUAUCUAGGAAGAGAAGGAGGCAUGGCUAGUUUUCCAAGCUGUUUUUUCAGGUGGGAUAUAUAUGCUUUCCAUGGUGCUUUUGAUGAUAUAACAAGAGUUCCUGCGCCUCCUCCUGGACCUCAUGUUCAGGAAAAGGAGAACUCUAAAACAGACAAGAAAUGUGAAACAAAUGAAUCAGAGUAUUGCCUCACAACUUUUGGUGGUGCAGAGUACUCUGAUUCUGAUGGUCAAUUCAUGUUACGGUUUGAUCUUGGUAUGAUCAUAAUAGCAACCGAUGACUUCUCUUCUGAAAAUACGCUUGGCCAAGGUGGAUUUGGUACGGUCUAUAAGGGGACAUUUCCAAACGGGAAAGAGGUAGCCGUGAAGAGAUUAACAAAAGGUUCAGGACAAGGAGAUAUAGAGUUCAAGAAUGAGGUUUCACUCUUGACAAGACUCCAACAUAGGAAUCUGGUUAAGCUUCUUGUGUUCUGUAAUGAAGGAGGUGAAGAGAUUCUUGUCUACGAGUUUGUCCCUAACGCAAGUCUUGAUAACUUUAUCUUCGAUGAAGAGAAACGUUCGCUUCUUACAUGGGAGGUAAGGUUCAAAAUUAUAGAAGGCAUAGCUCGAGGUCUUCUUUAUCUUCAUGAAAAUUCUCAUCUGAAGAUCAUUCACAGAGACUUGAAGCUGAGCAACAUACUUUUAGACGCUGAGAUGAACCCUAAAGUUGCAGAUUUUGGAACAGCGAGGUUGUUUGACACUGACGAGACUCGAGCUGAAACAAAACGAAUAGCUGGAACCCGUGGAUAUAUGGCUCCCGAAUAUCUGAAUCGCGGAGAAAUCUCAGCUAAAUCUGAUGUUUAUAGCUUCGGUGUCAUGCUUCUAGAAAUGAUAAGUGGUGAAAAAAACAAGAGCUACGAAGGAGAAGGACUUGCUGCUUUUACAUGGAAGAGAUGGGUUGAAGGAAAGCCUGAGGUUAUAAUUGAUCCUCUCUUGAUAGAGCAUCCGAGAAACGAGAUCAUCAAGUUGAUCAAGAUUGGUUUGUUGUGUGUUCAAGAGAAUGCAGCAAAGAGACCAACCAUGAGUUCUGUGAUAAUCUGGCUUGGAAGUGAGACCAUCCUCAUUCCUUUACCUAAUGCUCCUGCUUUCACUGGGAGCCAAUCCCAAUCUGAAAGUGGUACAACAAUGUCAAUGAGCGGCGAUGUCUUCACGGAGUUGACUUGUCGUUGAGUUAAUCACUAUGUUUUUUAAUCUUGUGGUCUUGAGAUAUUUUUCCUUUUGGUAUA